CGGUGUCUGUGAUCUGUUCAAGCUCUUUGCUGCUGUAUUAGUAAUCAGGUCAUCGUUGUGUAGGUCACUGUGAAAUCUUGCUUACGUGUUUGAAGAUCAGAAAUGACCCCUCUUCUAGUCUGAAGUAAUCUAAAGGAAUUUCCUGUGCAUACAAACGUUUCCCACACCUGUUAAAUUGUAAAGCUUCCAUUGAACAUCAAUAUGUCUGCCAAGGCUAUUCGUGAGGCAACUGGCAAAAAUUUGUUGAACAAAUUCUUGUCCUCGAGUUCUGUAGUGAAAUGCCAGUAUGCAGUGGUUGAUGAGAACAGCGACUGGCAACAAGUAGUUGAUGAAAAUCCUUGGAUUUUAAAGGAAAAAUUGGUUGUUAAACCAGAUCAGCUGAUUAAACGAAGAGGAAAAUUGGGGCUGAUCAAGGUCAACACAGAUCUUUCGGGUGUCAGAGCUUGGAUUGAUGAGCGUAUGAACAAAGUUGUAAAGGUGGACAGAGCUUCUGGAAAAUUACGCAACUUUAUCAUUGAGCCUUUCGUACCGCAUAAGCAAGAGGAAGAAGCAUAUGUUUGCAUUUAUUCACAUCGUUAUGCAGAUACCAUACUGUUUCACCAUGAAGGUGGGGUCGACAUUGGUGAUGUCGACGCAAAGGCAAUGAAACUUGAUGUUCCUGUAGAUACUAAACCAUCCUUUGAUGACAUCAAAACAAAAUUAGUACAACAUUUGCCUGCUGAGAAACAAGACUAUGUUGCAGCUUUCAUUUGUUCUUUAUAUGACAUUUAUGUGGAUUUGUACUUUACUUAUUUGGAAAUAAAUCCUUUAGUUCUGACUGAAGGAAAGGUAUACAUAUUGGACUUAGCGGCUAAAUUGGAUGCUACUGCUGACUUUAUAUGUAAACAAAAAUGGGGAGAAUUUGAAUUCCCUCCUGCUUUUGGGCGAGAUGCUUAUCCAGAAGAAGCCUACAUUGCAGAUUUGGAUGCAAAGAGUGGAGCUUCUUUGAAAUUGACUAUCCUGAAUAAGAAAGGUCGUAUAUGGACUAUGGUUGCAGGGGGUGGAGCCUCUGUAAUCUACAGUGAUACAAUUUGCGAGCUUGGAGGUGCUUCUGAGCUGGCUAAUUAUGGAGAGUAUUCAGGAGCUCCAACAGAAAUGCAAACCUAUGAAUAUGCUAAGACCAUUUUAGGAUUAAUGACUCAAGAAAAGCAUCCUGAAGGAAAAAUAUUGCUCAUUGGUGGUGGAAUUGCCAAUUUUACAAAUGUUGCUGCAACAUUUAAGGGAAUUGUAAAAGCAUUACAAGAGUUUCAGACUAAGUUGGUUGAUCAUAGUGUUUCUAUAUUUGUCAGAAGAGCUGGCCCUAAUUAUCAAGAAGGUUUGAGAGUGAUGCGUGAAGUAGGUGGAACUUUAGGAGUGCCCAUUCAUGUAUUUGGACCUGAAACACACAUGACUGCCAUUGUUGCAAUGGCAAUGGGUAAGAAGUCUCUUCCUGCUAUGCCAGAGCCUACAAUGACCACAGCGAAUUUUUUACUACCUGGUGGAAUGAUGUCUGCACCUACCCCCAGCAAAAUGGCCAGAACUGACUCGGGCAAUGGUCUAUCUAGUUCAAUGGAAUACUCCAGAUCCUCAUCUGUGUCUUCUGUCAAUGGAGUUUCUUCUUCUUCAAAGACAUUAUUCUCACCGAAUACCAAAGCCAUUGUGUGGGGCAUGCAAACAAGAGCUGUGCAAGGCAUGCUGGAUUUUGAUUAUGUUUGUUCCCGUAAAGAGUGCUCUGUGGCAGCUAUGGUCUACCCUUUCACUGGAGAUCAUAAACAGAAAUUCUACUGGGGACACAAAGAAAUACUUAUUCCAGUAUAUAAAAAUAUGGCAGAUGCUAUGAAAAAACACAAGGAUGCUGAUGUAAUGAUCAGCUUUGCAUCCCUUCGUUCUGCAUAUGAGAGUACUAUGGAAACAAUGGAAUAUCCACAGAUCAAAGUAAUUGCAAUCAUUGCAGAAGGUAUUCCAGAAAACAUGACUCGUAAAAUGAACAAAGUGGCUGAUAGUAAGGGAGUCACAAUAAUAGGCCCAGCUACUGUUGGUGGAAUAAAGCCCGGAUGCUUCAAAAUUGGCAACACUGGUGGAAUGAUGGACAAUAUUCUAGCUUCCAAAUUACACAGGCCUGGGUGUGUGGCAUAUGUAUCCAGAUCUGGAGGAAUGUCCAAUGAAUUAAAUAAUAUAAUUUCUCGUGCAACAAAUGGAGUUUAUGAAGGUGUUGCCAUAGGUGGUGACAGAUAUCCAGGUACCACUUUUAUGGACCACUUGCUUCGCUAUCAACAAGAGCCAGAUGUCAAAAUGAUGGUUUUACUUGGAGAAGUAGGUGGUGUGGAAGAAUAUGAAGUAUGCAAAGCAUUAAAGAAUGGCCAAAUCACCAAACCUCUUGUAGCCUGGUGCAUUGGAACAUGUGCCAAAAUGUUCACCUCUGAAGUUCAGUUUGGCCAUGCUGGUGCAUGUGCUAAUAGUGAUCAUGAAACAGCUGUUGCCAAAAACAAAGCACUUUCCGAAGCUGGAGCAUAUGUACCUGACACAUUUGACAACCUUGGCAAAACCAUUCAGGGAGUUUAUGAAGACCUUGUGGAGCAAGGAGAAAUUGUACCUCAACCUGAAAUUCCACCUCCAGCAGUUCCUAUGGAUUAUAGCUGGGCGAGGGAACUGGGUCUGAUCCGUAAGCCAGCUUCCUUCAUGACAAGUAUAUGCGAUGAACGAGGUCAGGAACUUUUGUAUGCUGGCACUCCCAUUACUACAGUCAUCAAAGAAGAAAUAGGUAUUGGUGGAGUACUGGGCUUGCUGUGGUUCCAACGCAGAUUGCCUUUGUAUGCUGGGCACUUCUUGGAAAUGUGUCUCAUGGUUACUGCUGAUCAUGGACCAGCUGUAUCAGGUGCACAUAACACUAUUGUAUGUGCACGUGCAGGGAAAGACCUAGUUUCUUCAUUAGUUUCUGGUCUACUAACCAUUGGUGACCGAUUUGGUGGAGCUCUUGAUGCUGCAGCUAAAAUGUUUAGUGAGGCUUAUGACAGUGGCAUGAUUCCCAUGGAAUUUGUUAAUUCUAUGAGAAAGAAAGGACAACUCAUAAUGGGCAUUGGCCAUAGAGUAAAAUCUAUAAACAAUCCUGACAUGCGGGUGCAGAUUCUUAAAGAAUAUGUCAAAGAACAUUUUCCAUCAACACCCAUCCUGGACUAUGCACUUGCAGUAGAAAAAAUCACAACUUCCAAGAAACCUAACCUAAUUCUAAAUGUGGAUGGUCUGAUUGGUGCAGCUGUGGUGGAUCUCCUAAGGUGCAGCGGAUGUUUCACUCCUGAGGAAGCCCAAGAAUAUAUAGAAAUUGGAGCUCUCAAUGGUCUUUUUGUUUUGGGACGAACUGUCGGAUUCAUUGGGCAUUAUUUGGAUCAAAAACGUCUGAAGCAAGGCCUGUAUCGUCACCCAUGGGAUGAUAUCUCAUAUAUUAUGCCCGAAUCAAUGAUGGAAGAAUCUUGAAUCUUCAGAUGCAUUUCUUUUCAUUUUAUUUUGUUUUUUUCCUUCAUGGGGAUGGCACAAAGACUGGUGGGCUAGAAUGGACCCAAACAACAUUUUGCAAUAAACAUCGUUGUAUUUAUUUUUGUGGAAUCAUUAUUUGCAUUAAAGCUGGCUUGCUUAUUCUCAAAAGAAAAAGGCAAGUUUCAACUGUAAAUUCUGGAUGAAGGCUUUUGAUAAGCUUAUUUUUAAAGUUAAGAUCAUAUUUAUUUCUUAAAUUAUAUUUUUAAUGUUUAAAUAAAUCUUUGUUAUAAAUAAUUUAUUUAUACUUUAGGAAUUCUUAUUAUUAAAUAUAGUAUUUCUGUAGAAAUUUGGACUGAUGUAAAAGCAUAUUUUUUAUAGUCUUAUAAUUUGCUUUUAUGUCACUGUGAGUUUAAAGUUCAAUUGAAUUAUUUUAUGGAAAAACAGUAGAUAAAUAUGUAUUUGUACUAUAAAAACAAUGCCUGUAAAGUUGAUCUGUAGAUGCUUAAAAUUCCCAAUGCCUUAUGUACAUAAAAAUUGAUACUUUAUUUUGCUGAAAAAUUUGUAUGAGAAAAAGUACCCAUGAAAAAGUAUGUGAUGUAAAAUGAAAGCUUUUAUGACUGGAAAGAAAAGGCUCUGUACUCAAGUUCUUGCUUUUUAUUAUUGUUAUUUAUAAACUGUUGAGGUUUAAAUACGAGAUAUGUACAUUCCAAUUUUAUUUAUAAAACUUUUUAUUAUUUGCCAUCAUUCUGUUAUUUGUGAAACAUUAAUUAUAUUUUUUGCUGGUGUUGUUUCUUUUUUAAUUUUUAUGUUUUAUAUAGAAAGAUAUUGUAAGAUACGAGAAGCCCAAAACAAACAUAUCAAGUAGUUCGAGUGUAAACAUUUCUGCAAUAAAAGAAAAGUGCAUAUUUAAAACUUA